AUGAAUGAUAACUCAGCCUUCAUUGAGCCCGACGAGGCAUUGACGCCAUUGAACAGUCUUGAGUUCACCGAGAAUGUUGGGGACAAUUGUUUGCUUCAACUUUAUUUGUCUGUGUUCUACACCGGCUAUCCCCUUUUCCUUAUUGCUAUUCUAUGGUUCAUUUUGUUGGGUCUAUUCUUGCUGCUUCUCUGCGUCUAUGUUUGCUGCUGUAGGCGCAGACACUAUGGCUAUCCAAAAUUCGCUUGUGGGCUUAAUCUUUCUGUUUUCUUUCUUUUGUUAUUCACAAUUGCAGCAGCGUGUUCGACCGUUGAGUCCACUUGUUGUAAAACAAAGUCUAGUGUACUUUUCGUGUUCUUGAAAAAAUCCUCUUGCCUGGUGGCUACCAAGAAUGUUGGCGUCAAUCAUAUUUUUCUGCCUCGACAGCUUCAAACCGACAUUGAUAAUGUCAAUGGUAUGAUUACAACUGCUGCCACCACACUUGAGCGUACAACCAAGAAUAAUAAAGAUGAUAUAUCCCGCUAUUUGGAUGUUGUGCGCCGAGUUCUUAUUGCGGUAGCGCUUGUAAUGCUUUUCCUGAAUAAUGGUGGAUCCAUUGUAUCAAUUAUCGGCCCGCACUUUCUCAUAUACUUCUUGGUCUUCUUCAGUUGGAUUUUCAUUGCCUUCACUUUCUUUAUGAGUGGCAUAUUUCUCGCUCUCCACAAUGCAACGGGAGACACAUGUGCGGCAAUGCACGAGUGGGUCGAUAAUCCAACGGCUCACACGGCACUAGACCAAAUCAUCCCGUGCAUGGACCCCGCCACUUCCCAAGAAGCACGUUCGCAAAGCAGAGAAGUCACGAUCCAAAUGGUCCAGCUCGUAAAUGGGAUCAUUGCCAAUGUAUCCAACCGUAAAUUUCCAAAUGCCGCGCAGAUGGCUCCCCUAUUCUGCAACCCAUACAAUCCCGACAGGACGUAUAAAAGGAUGUGUCCAGCUGGCGAAGUCGACUUGAACAAUGCAACUCAAUUAAAAAUGGCUUAUAUAAAUUACGAGUGCUGCCUAACCCCUAGCUUGUAUGACGUGGUGAGUAGGGCCGUGAACUUGAGCUAUGGGCUGCACCAUUACGGCCCGUUCUUGAGCGAUUUGGCCGACUGCACGUUUCUUCGGGACACAUUCACCACCAUUUACGACCGUCAUUGCCCUGGUUUGAGAGAAGACAGCCAGUGGGUUUACAUUGGUCUUUUUAUUCUCUCGACUGGACUCUUUCUCUCGAUGCUAUCUUGGGUGCCUGUCGUUCGAGAGAUACGCCUGAAGCCCGUGCAUGCUACGUCAGCUCAGGUAUCCGCUGAGUAG